GCGACCCCGGCCCACGCCAUGGCCGGCCUCGAGCCGCGGGUCGAGUACCUCGAGAGCUUCCGCUGCCCGCUCGGGGGCCUGGCGGCGGGCCGGCCGCGCGUGCUGUGCCACGGGGCCGCGGUCUUCGUGUCCGCCGGGAGCGAGCGGGUCUCCGUCUACGAGCAGGAGGGGAGGCUGCUGACCGCCGUGUACAGCUUCCCCGCGCAGGUGUGGCAGCUGGAGCUCUCGGCCGUCCCCGGGCUGCUCUACGUUCUGUGCGCCCGGAGGGGCAUCUACUGCCUGUCGCCGGACCCCAAGAGCAGGUCCGUGAACCAAGGUGACGGGAGUGACCGGGACAGUGAGGACGGCGAGCUUCCUUGUGCGCUGAUUUCCGUGGACCCAGAUGCCUGCCUGCUCCCAGAUGCCGCCCUGUGUACGUUCACUGUGGUUGCUGAUAAGCUCGUCACCCUGGCACAGGGCCCUGCCCACUGGAAGGUACAGCUGUUUGAGUGCCCCCGUCCGGGAGAGGACGCCAGGCCCAGAGGCCAGGUUGGCGAGGUGGAGUUGUCCAUCUCCAGCCCCCUCACUGGGCCCCUUGGGGAGCCCACAGCCCCCCGCUUCCUCCCAGUGCUGCGCUGUGUGUCCCCAGCGGGCCCCAGCACUCUGCUCAGCCGCGUGCAGGGCUCUGGGGGCUUCUUGCUGGAAAGGGCCCUCUUUGGGCUACUCUUUGGAGUUGACGCUUCCCUUCUCGAGUCACCUGUGAUCCUCUGUGGUCUCCCCGACGGCCAGCUCUGCUGUGUGGUCUUGAAGACCCUGGUCACCUCAAAGUUGUCCCCUGGCGACCCGAAGGCCCUUGUCAAGAUCCUCCAUCACCUGGAGGAACCUGUUGUUUUCAUUGGGGCCGUGAAGACAGGGUCAUCGGCCCAGGACGUGGGAGACACACACCCUGACUGCCUGGUGGCACUUGGUCAUGACGGCCGGGUCCUGACCAUCAAGGCCGGCUGUGACGAGGCUGGGACUCUGGUGCCGGCGCUGCGGGAGUACCGGCUGCCGGGGCCCGUGCUCUGUGCGGCCUGUGGCGGAGGCGGCCGUGUCUACCACAGCACUACCUCGGAGCUCUGCGUCGUGGACCUGGCUCAGGGAGGCGUCCCCAGCGGGGACCUGGGAGACCCGCCGUCUCUGCUGUGUCCAGCCGGCUUGGGCGUCUGCAGCGUCGUCACCCUCUCGGUGUUGUCCGAGGUGCCCGAAGGUGACGUGAGGCUCCUGGCCCUGUCCACCAGGGGCCGCCUGAUGACCUGCCGCCUGCAGCUGAGCUCGGAGGUGUCGGGCCCCACUAGAGCCGCUGCGGCCAGUACUGGCCAGAAGAUUAAGGACUUGCUAUCUGGGAUCGGCACCGUCUCCGAGAGGCUGUCUUCUCUGAGGAAGGCUGUUGAGCAGCGGAACAAGGCCCUGACGUGCCUCAACGAAGCCAUGAAUGUGAGCUGCAUCCUGUUGUCCGGCCGGGAGGGCCCCAAGCCCAUCUCGUGUACCGUGACGACUGCCUGGAGCCGCCCACAGCUGCAGGACGUGUUGACGGCCACCUUCUGGCUGGAGAACAGUAGCGGCCUCUGUCUGGACCGGGGCUGGACCUUGUGUGUGCAGGUGCUGACCAGCGCCUCUGCCUCAGACUCUGACAUGGCUAGCGCGGCCACCACCUACACCAUCCCCGUGGACCGGCUGGGCCCCGGCGAUCGGCGGGAAGUGACACUGCCCCUGGGCCCCGGGGAGGAUGGCGUCCUGCACCUGCCCCUGACCGUGUCUUGCGCGCUCCAUUACAGCCUCAGGGAGGUCAUGGGCGGGGCGCGUGCCCCAUCCGAGUCCUCUAAGGACUCUUCGGACGAGUGCUGCCCUGAUGUCUUGCCCGAGCAGGACGGCAUCAGCCUGCCCCUGUGCGAGCACACUGUGGACGUGCUCUGGUGCCUGCGCUUCCCUGGCCUGGCCCCAGCCCACACGCAGGCACCCGGGCUGCUCGGCCCCCUGUGCGACCCUGUGGACACUUUCUUGGGAUCUUUCCUUGGGCCCCGCAGCGAGCCGACAGGACCUGCUUCCCUGCGGGCCAAGUUCCUGCCUCCGUCGGUGGCCACGAUCAAAGUGUCUGCAGAGCUGCUGAGGGCUGCCUUGGGGGACCAUCACUCAGCAGGCACGUCCCUGGACUGCGCCGCCCUGCAGUGGCUCCUUGCGGAGAACGCCGCCCUGGACGUUGUGCGAGCCCGACAGCUGUCCUCGGUCCAGGGAGUGGCCCCAGAUGGCGCUGAUGUGCACCUGACCGUCCGAGAGGUGGCCGUGACCGACCUGGGCGCAGCAGGGCCCCUGCAGACCGUGGAGAUCCAGGUGCAGAGCUCCUCCCCGGCGAGCCUGUGCGGCACACACCACGCGGUCAUCGGGCGUCUGCAGACCCUGCCUGCGCUCCCAUGAGCCCUCAGGCCGCUCAAGGAGGACCGCGUGUGUGUUCCCUGCCGUGGUCAACUCAGGUCCCCAGCUCGCCUGGCUGAGCAGCGCCCGUGCGGAAAACGUGUGCCGGGGCUGCGUGGGCCUGCGUGGGCCCUGCGCUGAGGUGCCUGCAGUCUGAGCCACCUCGUCUCUGCCCUCGCAGACGCCACAAGGGGCCCCGUCUAGCGCGGGAGCCAGCGGCUGCACUGCCUUCUGGGGGCCGUACGUCCCAGAUCUGAGAAGGUGCUCACGGUCCACGUGAAGCCUGGCGCCUGGUCCCUUGGCCCGGUAGAGCCCAGGCUCUGGGGCCAGCUGGCCGUCUCCUGCCACUCUGCGGCUUUGGCGGCCCCGGAGGAGUCUGCCGUGGCUGCCGUCCCUCCAGCGGGGAACGCACCAGCGCACCUUCCCCGGCCCCACCCCACACCCUGAGAACCGGAGAAGCCGCAGUCGAGGCUUCCACGAGGACCUGAGUGCUGCUCCGUCAGACCCACCUGCCGUCACUCAGGAGCCUGUGGCCCCGCCGCUGUCCCCUGUGUGGCGCUCUGAUGGGCCCGCUGAGGCUCACGCAGCUCAGGAAUAUAGUGCCAGGUGCCCAAAAAGGACACCCAGCCCCCAGACUGGUUCCUGUUCCCUCUGCUCAGAGAGGAGCCUCUUGGACCAGGGUCUCCCCAUCAGGCUGUUAACAGCCCGGCCGAGACCUGGCAAGACGGUCAGGGGCCACGUGGUCAGCGUGGUGCUGGGGGAAGCGCGUCCUGGUGUGGCCAUGACCGCCACAGACCAGACCCAAACAGCAGGAAUCCGGCGCCCGCGGCCUCUCCCGCAUUCACACACAGCUGUCCCCACGCCACCUCUAGAGGCUCCUGUGUUCUGAUCACUUCCUGCUCGACCUGGGUCCCCCCCACAUGAGCUCAUCUGUAAAGGCCCCACGUCCACGUACGGUCUCUCAGCUGCUGGGGCCGUGCUCCCGCGUCACCUGGCCCCUAACGGAGGGCUGCGGGUGGUCCCUUGACAGGCGCUGACACGCGGCUGUGGACCCCGGUCCUGGCAGCGGACGCCCUGUGCCCCGUGACAGGAGUGUACCGGGGAACCGGUGUGUGUGCUGGCCACACAGAGUUUGGGGGACCCUGCCAGGUGUGCGUUGCCCACCACAGAGGCUGGUGGGGUCCUCGCUGCCUGACCCUGGGCUUCCCCCAGAGCCCAGGACAAGCAGCACCCCACAGGGGGCCAUGCUGAUGGGGCAGGUUGGUGGCCCCCGUGAGGGCAGUGGGCACCAGGCCUGGGACGAAGGCUGGGAGACGGUGGUAGGAAGCCGCUCGUGGGGAUGAGGGAAGCGGUUGGAGGGGCGGCGGGAGCAUCGUCAGGCUAGGGCUGGAGUGGAAGGCACGGAGGGGCCUGUGGAGGUGGUGGCGCGGUGUUGGAGGAGCCCUGGGCACCGGCUCCAGCCUCCCUGUCCCCUGC